UGAUCUUUUUGACAUUGUUUUAAAACAGCAAAACUAUUUUUAAAAACGUGAACUGUCACCCAUGGCUUCAGCAGAUUUAACCCCUAAUUUGGAGGUCGGCGGGUUAACCCUUGAUUUGGAAACGUCUGCAAAAUUCGUGAAGCUCUGCGCAUUGAAAUUCGGAUGGGGAGAAUUGUCAGGAGCUACAGUGAUGGACCUCGGAUGUGGCAAAGAUGUGCCUUGUGCCAAAACCGUUCUCGAACAUUUCCCGAAAGUCAAAUCCAUCAUUGCUCUCGACAGCAGCCGAGAACAGCUUGAUGCAAUUACUUUCAGAUCUGAUAAAAUCGUACACUUUCUUGCGGAUAUAACACACAGGAGAGAAAUUCGUCAGUAUGAAAGAAAAGUCGACAAAAUCGUUUCAACUAACGUUCUCCAUCAGAUUCCCGGCAAAGAAAGAGUAUUUAGGAAUGUUUAUCGAUUAUUGAAAUCUGGAGGGGAGGCUGCAUUUCUCUUCACAUCGGAUUUGGGAAUCUACCAUGUCUUGGAGAGCCUGCAAAUGGAUGACAAGUAUAAGGAUUAUUUCAAGGGUUCAGACAUCACAGAAUGGUAUUCUAGGAAGCUUAAAUCGAAUGACUACAGAGAAAUGCUCGAAAGAUAUCGGUUUGAAGUCAUCGAAAUAACGGAAAUGAAGGACCAUAUGUUUAUAGAACAAUAUGGAUUAUUUGAAAACACAUUGUUCAAAUCAGUAGCCGCAGCUUUUUCUGUGCCUUCGGAAUUGGUGACUGAAAUCAAUGAGGCGGCUUCAAAUCUUUAUCGAACUAAAUUCUCCGAGCGAAGAUCUAUAUACGCAUCGACCGAGAUAUCCAUUCUUGUGAAAAAGCGAUCCGACGUUUCACGCAAUACAUGCUCCAAUUCUUAAGACUAGUGGAAAAUUUUAAAUUGCUUUGUAUUUUUAUGCAUGUUUUAAAGCAGAUAAUUUUAAUAAAAUUUUAAACUUUUAA